AUGUACUUCUCGGCGUUCGUGAGCAGCAGUGUGGCGGUACCCGCGGUGCUGGUGGCGUUCGGCCUGGCCACGGGCUUCCUGCUUUGGGCCCUGCUGGCGCUGAGGACGCACCACAACGCCGGGAGACGCGUCUCCUUCACGACCGUGUCCCUUCUGGUGACGGACAUCGCGGAGAUGAUCUUCCUGGCCGUGAUAGCCAUCGUCUAUAUGGCUGUCAGCAGGGACAACCCCACUCUGAGCUACGCCUACGGAUUCUUCGUGGUGUGCAUGGCGGUCAUCUACUUCCGCCUGUGCGCUUCCUGCUUCCACCAGCUGGCGGCGCUAGAGGGCCUGCUGUCUCUGACCAGCUCCCUGGGCACCACUGGCCUUGCCACCCCGCGCGUCUCCAUCCCGAUCUCCGUGGCGGUGUGGGUGUGGGGCAUCGUGAGCGUCUACCUCACGUUCCAACGGGACCUGUCCGUCCUGCUCCUGGCCACCUACCUGGCCUGUCUCCUGCUGCUCGUCGUCUCGUCCAUCGUCACCUGCCUGAAGGCAAACGCCCAGUCGCCGCCUGUCAGGAAACAGGUCCUGAGGGUGUUCGGCGUUGCCACGGCGACCCACGUCCUCCUGUACGGGCCGGUGUUCACCUGCGUGUGCCUGUACGCCAUGGGGCUGCCGCAGGGGGAGGUGUUCAACAUCGCCGCGGCGAUCAUGAACUUCAGCCUGGUCACAGACCCGCUAUUGUUGGCGCUGGUCUUGCGGAGAGAGACACAGCGGAGUCCAGUCAAUGAGCGUCGUUUGGAUAUGUCUGUUGUUGGAGCGUAGAAUGGGGCCUACUGU